UAGUGACAAAGAACGGUCUGACUCAGUGCUCUGGACUAUCGCAGAAACUUGUGCACAACAAGUGCAUGCAUAGGGUGUCGGUUUGCUCGUUAUGUCAGAUUAUCUCACAGCGAAAGAGAGGUUUUGAUCAUCUGAGGAUUGUUUAGUUUUUGUGCGCACCGGAGCGCACCACCGGAGUCGUUUUCUACGGAGUGCUGAGCGGGAUUUGAAAGAAGCCCUCUUCGCAACAGCAGCUAUAAUUCGGGAUCCGUAGGAUACGAGACCUUUUGGGUUCAGAGUAUCAAAAGAUUUCACGAACGUAACGUUGCCGCUGGUGGACUGUUUUUUGGUACGUGAAGACUUUUAUUGACUGGAUAAAUUACCCUGUUUCUUUUCUUAUAUCUGAAAGGAUCCUGUUUUGCAGCCGGGAAGGUGAGGAUUUUUGAUCGGAUUUCGAUUACUGCGUUCUGCUAGCUCAUGCCUGCUAGUUGACAUGCAAGGUGGCUAGCUAGAUAUUGAUAGAUUUGGUUUUCCGAAGUGUUCUGUCUGAAACCAGAGACUUAUUUUCCAAACCACUCUGCGACAUUACCAGCAGGCUAAUUUUAAAUGGAAGUUAUCAGUGGGGCUUUGCCCAUGGUUUAAUUCGACCAGUUCUUAAAGUCUUUUGCACUGAUUGAACGUUAACCUGUUGUUCAUGAACAGGCGGUGGGGCUGUGUGUCCGUCAAGAUAAGUUAACAGUUAAAUUCAAAUUGGAGCGCCUCUCGCAGAUGAAAUCUGAUCUAUUCGGCGGGGAAGCGCAGUAAUACAUUUCACCUUAACUUACAUUGGACAUUUUAAUGGUGUAUGUGGCGCCAGUGCUUUGGUUAACGACUUUUAAAUUAAAACCCCCAUUUAUAACAUAAUUUGUAAAUUAUCCCAAAUCAGAUAAAAUCAGCGCGUUGUGCCUUUGAAUUUCCUUGGCAUCCAACAGAUCUACAUAAACAAGAUCUCUUGGAAAACAUAAUACGUGACACAAGGCUAUAUGGACAUCAUGCAUGGAUGAUCUAUGCUCUUUGAGCAAUUAAUUCGAUCGGGGAUGUCCGGGUAGAUAAACCUCACGUUGAAGACAUCAAAACAAGCUGGGGUUUACUGCAAAACCGGAGCCACAGCCUUAAGCGGAUAAGUUCAAAUCCCACUCUCAAAUGUAUUAAUACCUUCCCAAGAUCAAUUUCUGAUGGCUAAAAUGAGUGGUUAUCGCAUAACGCCGAGACCUGACUUGUCUAAUGUGACAGUGGAUGACGAGGAAGGGGCGAGGUGCGCGGGCGAUAUGGAACAGUGUGGCCGUCAGCAAGCUCCGACCGGGACCAUGUCUGUACUCGUCAAACCGGGGCGCUCGGCCACAGCUGGUCGUUGUCCGCCAGACACUGCAGGUCAAGCCGUGUGGGCGCGUUGUAACGAGGAGCGCGUGGACCCACGACCUGGCUUUAAAGAGAGUGCGCGGGAGGUCGAUGAGUUGGUCGGCAACGCAGCAGGUGUGCUAAACGUCUCUGAGCAGCCCUACCGAUUUCACGGGAAUCCGAACGGGACUAGUAGAAUGCCCGGAAGCGGCUGCCGUGGCGCACUUGAGGGGGCGAGCUCGCUCAAGGGUUGCCCUCGUCAGCGCUCGCGGAGCCCCGGCAUCAACGUGUCCUCUCAGAACCAGAUACAGAGAAAAGACAACUCGCUAUUCGCUAUGCCGGACCACGACGCUCACGGAUAUACUUACUACCAGGACGGCCGGGGAAACAUUACACGGGACGUUUUCAAUAACCGAGAAGCCCUGUUGUGCCGCGGGAGAUCCAACCUGGUGUCCAGGAUACAAUAUUGGAUAUGGGCGUUCAUCCUUUUGUGGAACACACACGUGUUGAAUGCGCAAGGCGAAGUGGCGCCGUCCUUCCAGACGGAGCCGGGUGUCCAGCAGGUGUCUCUGGAGGGGAACCGGCUGGUUCUGACCUGUCUGGCCACGGGCAGCUGGCCACUCGAGUACAAGUGGAUCCGCAACGGAACCGACAUCACACCCUUCACACCUGAGUACAGGUUCUCGGUGUUCUCUGUGGAGCGUUCUGAUGCGGGGGUGUACCAGUGUGUGGUGAGGAACAGGAUGGGCGCUCUCAUCCAGCGCAGGGCUGACGUGCAAGUAGCCUUCAUGGGGCAUUUUGCUGAUCUAGAGCAGCGGAAGACAGUGGCGCAGGGCCGGGCGGCCAUCUUGAACCCUCCGGCUGUGCCCAGCUACCCCCGGCCGCAGGUCACCUGGUUCAGAGACGGAGUCAAGAUCAUCCCCAGCAGCAGAGUAGCGAUCACACUGGAUAAUCAGCUAGUUGUCCUGGCGACCACGGUGGCGGACGCGGGGCGAUACUACGUGCAGGCGGUGAACGAACGCAACGGAGAAAACAAGACCAGCCCCGCCCUCUACCUGAGCAUAUCCAAACCCAAUGCCCCCACUGAUCCGGUCGCCCCGGCAAUAGUGAUCAGUCCCAAGAACACGUCUGUGGUCGCCGGAGCGAGUGAAGCGACAUUGGAGUGUGUCGCUAACGCAAGGCCGGUGGAGCGUCUGCAGCUGGUGUGGAAGCGUGCGGGGGUGCGGGUCACUCAGGGCGUGGGGGCGUUUGGCCGCCGCCUCACCGUCUCUAACCCUGGCCAGGCUGACGCCGGACUCUACGUGUGCGAGGCCCUCCUCCGCAACAGCACAUUCAAGACCGCCGAGGCCCGCGUCUACCUCACCGUGUUAGAAACACCCUAUUUCACAUCGGAGCCCAAACAGAGACUGAUGGUGGAAGUGGACAAGAGUGUGGAGAUCCGCUGUCAGGCCAGAGGUGUACCUGUCCCAAAGCUAGAGUGGUUUAAGGAUGCGGUUCCCUUGGCAACGCUCAACAACACACGCUACAAGCUGACAGCCAGCAGCUUGCAGGUGAGGCGGGUGCAGCCGGAAGACUCCGGAAUCUUUCAGUGCUUCGCCCGGAAUGCCGCGGGAGAGGUGGAGGCCCACACACACCUCAUUGUCACAAGCCUGGCACCCUACUUCACCAUCACCCCCUCUGACAUCACAGUGACGGACGGCACCUCAGCGCUCUUCACCUGCCAGACGUCAGGCGCCCCCAAACCAGCCAUUGUCUGGAAGAAAGGCUCUCAGGUCCUAGCCAGUGGCUCUGUUCAGAUUCCGCGCUUCACGCUGCUGGAGUCGGGCGGCCUUCAGAUCGAGCCCAUCGUCCCUGGCGACGCCGGAAACUACACCUGCUACGCUGCCAACACAGAGGGAGCGGUCGACGCCACCGCAGCACUCACCGUGUGGAGUCGCACAUUCAUCUCACGAGAGCCGGAGGACCAGCGUGUCAUCAAGGGCACCACAGCUGUGCUGGACUGCGGGGCGGCCUAUGACCCCAGAGUGACUGUCAGGUUUGUGUGGAAGAAGGGUCCGCGCCAGGUGAACCUCACCCCUGGGGGGCGCAUCUCGGUGCGGGACGGGGCGCUGCACCUGAGUCAGACCUGGUCCGGCGACAUCGGGGACUACACCUGCAAGGUCAUCUCCCAGGCCGGCAACGACACCAAGACUGCUCGCCUCGAGGUCAUUGAGCUGCCCCACUCCCCUCGGAACCUGCAGGCAGCACUGAACGCCACGGACAGCCGGACGGUCCACCUCUCCUGGGUGCGCCCCUUUGACGGCAACAGCCCCCUCCUUCAUUACAUUAUAGAGCUCUCAGAGAACAACUCUCCGUGGAAGGUAUACAUGGCCGAGGUGAACCCUGCUCUGACCGAGGUGCUGGUAGGUGGACUGACCCCAGCGCGCACCUACCAGUUCAGAGUGUGUGCCAUCAACCAGGUGGGGCGCGGACAGUAUAGUGGCGAGACCAACAGGCUGAUGCUGAGGGAGGAGGCCCCCAGCGCGCCGCCCAAGAACAUUGUGGCCAGCGGACGCACCAACCAGAGCAUCAUGGUCCAGUGGCAGCCGCCGCCAGAGCCCCACCUCAAUGGCGUGCUCAAGGGCUACAUGUUGAGGUACCGUCUGGCUGGCCUGCCCGGUGAGUUCCAGGUGAAGAACAUCAGCAGUGCGGAGGUGAACUACUGCCUGCUGAAGGAGCUCAUCAUCUGGACACAGUACGAGAUCCAGGUGGCCGCCUACACAGCCGCCGGCCUGGGCGUCUACAGCCAGUCCGUCACCGAGUACACUCUACAGGGAGUGCCCACAGCGCCCCCGCAGGAUGUGGAGGCAGUAGCACUGAACUCCACCACCAUCAAGUUCACAUGGAACCCCCCGCCCCAGCAGUUCAUCAACGGCAUCAACCAAGGCUAUAAGCUCCUCGCCUGGCCUGAGCACGGUUCCGAGGAGGACGACGCCACCGUGGUGACCAUCGCCCCGGAGUUCCACGGCGCGCGUCACCACGGCUACCUGAGCAGCCUGAAGAAGUUCCAGUGGUACAACACGGCGGUGCUGUGCUUCACCACGCCCGGCGAUGGACCGGCAAGCACGCCACAGCUGGUGCAGACGCACGCAGACAAACCGGGCCCUGUGGGGCAUCUGAGCUUCACAGAGAUUUUGGACAUGUCGCUACGGGUCAGCUGGCAGGAGCCUGUGGACAGGAAUGGCAUCAUCACAGGCUAUCUGCUGUCUGCGGGGCCUGUAGGGGAGAACUCCACGCGUGAGUCCCGCUCUCUGUCCAACUCCAGUCUGGAGUACAAGCUCACCGGCCUCACCUCGCUUACCACCUACACACUGGAGGUCGCCGCCGUCACCGACGCUGGCACCGGGGUCGUCACCACGGCAACCAUAUCGUCGGGGGUGCCUCCAGAGCUUCCUGGUGCGCCCUCCAAUUUGGUCAUCUCCAACAUCAGCCCGCGUUCCGCCACACUUAGGUUCCGGCCAGGCAGCGAUGGAAAGACCGCCAUCUCUAAGUGGAUCGUUGAGGGACAGGUGGGCAGUAUUGGGGAGGAGGAGAACUGGCAGGUGCUGUACGAGAGGGAGAACGAGCCGGAUGCAGACAUGCUGGAGAUCCCGGACCUUGUUCCAUUCACACAGUACAGGUUCCGAAUGCGUCAGGUGAACAUCGUGGGCGUGGGGCCUGUGAGCGCGGCGUCGCGUGUGAUCCAAACGUUGCAGGCGGCUCCUGACGUGGCUCCCAGCAGCCUCAGCGUACGAACUGCCUCUGAGACCAGCCUGCUGCUGCGCUGGAUGCCCCUGUUGGAGGCGCAGUAUAACAGCGGGGCGGAGGGCGUGUGGGCAGCCUCCACAAGGCGCUGCGGGAGCUGGAUCUGGACGGGCGGGCGCUGGUGCCCAGUACCAGUGGGGACUGCCUGGGUCUCGAGGCUUGGAGGGCCUGAGGGAGUGGAGGCAACGGCUGCCCGCACCAGAGAGAGCGUGCCGUCUGGAGCUCCUGAGAACGUGACUGCAGAGGCGGUGAGCUCCACGCGGAUCCUUGUCAGCUGGGGCACGGUCCCAGAGGAGCAGAAGAACGGACACAUCUUGGGAUACAAGGUGCUGUACAGUGAGAAGGGUUCUGAGCAGCCCCCCCUGGUGGCACCGGUGAGGGGGAACCUGACCCAGUCUCUGCUCCUGCGGAACCUCAGCAAGUUCAUCCUCUACGAGAUCCAGGUGCUGGCCUACACACGCAUGGGCGACGGGAUGCCCAGCACUCCGUCCACACUCGAGAGGACCAAAGACGAUGUCCCCGGGCCUCCGGUGCGUCUGGUGUUUCCUGAGGUGCGUCUGUCGUCUGUGAGGGUGGUCUGGCAGCCUCCCGCUGAGCCCAACGGCAUCAUCAUGGGCUAUCAGAUAUCGUACCGUCUGGACGCUGGUGACACAAAUUCACCACGGUACGAGGUGAAACUCCAACGUACUUGGACAAUUCACUGUGGCAGACCUGGCGCCGAGCAGGCCUACGUGUUCCGCAUCGCCGCACGCACGCAGCAGGGCUGGGGCGAACCGGAGGAGGCACUGGUCAUCACUACGGACAAGAGAGAGCGUCCUCAGCCUCCGCGUCGACUGACGGUUCCUCAGAAGGGGGUGGAGUCUCGCCGUGUGCAGCUCUAUUGGGUGCCGGGCGCCGAUGGCUCCUCCCCCGUGCGCUACUUCACGCUGCAGACGCGCGACCUGCCCGACGGACCCUGGAGCACACACACCUCCUCCAUCAGUCACAACGCCACAUCAUGGGUGGUGGACAGGUUAAAGCCCUACACUUCGUACAAGUUGAGAAUGAUGGCCACUAAUGAUGUGGGAGACAGCGCCUUCAGCAAGGAGACCGACGCUGUUACCACUCUGCAGGAUGUUCCUGAUGAGGCUCCUGUCAUCCUGGCUGUGAAGCCCUCCACCACCACCUCUGUGCUGGUUCAGUGGCAGCCUCCACAAGAGAGCUCCGUGAAUGGCGUGCUGGUGGGCUACCGUCUCUACUACAGAGAACUGCAGUACGACAGCGCCCAGACGGACAGCAAAGGAGCCAAUCAAACCGCCACACGCACUGACAUCACAGCCAAGAGCACUUUUAAGACCGUCAGCAGUGCCUCGUUAACAGAAUUCGAGCUCACGCAGUUGGGCAAGUACAAGCGUUACGAGAUCGUCAUGACAGCGUACAACGUGAUCGGAGAGAGCCCCCCCAGUGCCCCCGUCGAGGUGUUUGCGGGCGAAGCAGCUCCGUCCGUGCCUCCCCAGAAUAUCCAGGUGAACUCCGUCUCCUCCUCCCAGCUGGACGUCCUGUGGGAACCGCCGCCCAUCGAGACCCAGAACGGCAACAUCCAGGGCUACAAGAUCCACUACUGGGAGAAGGACAAGCAGAACGAGACGGAGAAGGUGAAGGUGCUGUUUGUUCCGGACACGUCCGUGCGUCUGAAGAACCUCACGGCCUACACCUCCUACCAGGUGAAGCUGUCGGCCUUCAACGCGGCUGGGGACGGCCCCAUGAGUGUGCCUCGAAAAGGGCGCACCCUACAGGCAGCUCCCGGCGUUCCGAGUUUCCUGGCCUUCUCCGAGGUGACGGGCAGCGCGCUCAACGUGUCCUGGGGCGCACCGGCACAGCCCAACGGAGUGGUGGAGGGAUACCGCGUCGUCUACCAGCCCACCGCACCUGUCCAAGGUGUGAGUAAGGUGGUGACGGUGGAGGUGCGGGGGAACUGGCAGCGCUGGCUGAAGGUGCGUGACCUGAGCCACGGUGUCACCUACACCUUCCACAUCCAGGCCCGCACCGUCAGCUACGGCCCCGAGCUGGAGGCCAACGUCACCGCCGGACCAGUGGACGGGUCUCCUGGAGCGCCCUUACAGACAUCAAUCACCAAGUCCUCCUCAGCCUUGACACUCCAUUGGUCAGAGGGCAAUGAGGGGGCGGGACCGGUCACAGGCUACGUGAUUGAGGCUCGUCCAUCAGAUGAGGGAUUAUGGGAUGCGUUUGUGAAGCAGCUCCCCCCGAGCAGCACGUCUCACUCCAUCAGUCUGGAGCGCCUACGGCCCGGUGUCAGCUACGAGUUCCGCGUCAUCGCCGUCAACCGCUACGGCUACGGAGACCCCAGCCCCGCCUCUGCUGCCAUGUCCGCUCUGUCAGAGAGGCCAUUCUAUGAGGAGUGGUGGUUCCUGGUUGUCAUGGCGCUGUGCAGCCUCAUUCUGAUCCUGCUGGUGGUGUUUGGCCUGCUCCUGCAUGGACAGAACAGGAAGUACCGCAGCUGUGGCACAGGGAAGCACAUCUCGUCUGUGGAGGAGGCGGUUACCCUCGACAACGGAGGCUUCACGGCGCUGGAGCUAAACAGCAGACACCUGAACAUGAAGAGCUCCUUCCUGAAGAAGAACGGCACCAGAUCCCCUCCCCGACCCAGCCCUGGGGGUCUUCACUACUCGGACGAGGACCUGUGUAACAACUACAACGGAGCCGUCCUCACCGAGAGCACCACCCUCACAGAGAAGGCAGGAGAGCUGUCCGGGUCAGAGAUGACGGACAGCGACUACGAGGACGAGGCGCCCAAGCACUCCUUCGUCAACCACUACAUGAGCGACCCGACCUACUACAACUCGUGGAAGCGGCAGCCCAAGGGCCUGAAGGCGGCCUCGUCCGCGCUGGUCGGUGGCGUGGUCAGCACGCCGACGCCGCCGUUCGGCUACGAGGAGCAGCGGCGCGGCAGCGGGAGCAACGGCGGCGGAGUGGUCGUCAGCAGCAACGGCGGCAGCGGCGGCGACGGAUACUACCAGACGGUGGUGACCCAGCACAGCGCGGGGGGCGUGUACACGCCAGGCGGGCAGCCGGCGGCUACCGGCACGCGCACGCCCGUCACGGGCUUCUCCUCCUUCGUCUGACCAGGGA